UUCUAAGUAAACUUGUUCAUUCUACACGGGUCUGACUCAGCAGUUCCGUGUGAACAGACUUUUUAGUUUUAUAUUUCUUUUUCGAAUAUUUUAGAAUAUUGUGUCACUAUUUGUUCACCCUUCGUACAAUAUAGUCGAACCAAUUAAUUGUAAUUUAGAUUUAAAAUUAAAUUAAGUCAUUUAAAUUUUGGUUUCAUUGCAUCCACCGACCGUCGAAAUCAUAAUUGGCGCAGUCGGUAGGAUACUCGCGGAUAGUUCGUGAUAAUAUCCAACUUCGAUACCGUGUUCGCGAGCUACCCGGGUGGCUAAGCACCGUUUUCGAGUAUCCGAAACCUAUUCGGUUCGAACGGUUCGGGGGAGAUCUGAAAAUCGAUUCCGCAAUUGAUACCAAAAUUCAGAUAUGCUGAAACUCCUGGUACUUCAUCUCUUCCUCAUACCAGCCCUAACGCAAGAGAUAAAACUUGAGAGUUUGGGAAAUGGACCCGGAAUUUUACCAUUCAAACUAGGUUUAGCUAAGAUUAUAUCUCACUAUCAUUCUUUCAUACAACACAUAGACCUUCAUGAGAUACGCAGUACAAUCGAAUCUGUGAAAAACCAGCUAGAUAGUUUUAGCCCUCAAUUACAUAAUAGAACCAACUCAUUAUAUCAACCUCACAUGAAUUACUUGGAAAAUAAGCUUUAUAAUGUUUUAAAUCAAUUAAAGUCUUUUGAGACAGAUCGUGCAAAGAGAGGCCUCAUAGAUGGACUCGGGUCAGUGAUUAAAAGUAUAACGGGAAAUCUCGAUUGUACGGACGCUCAGAAUUAUGAUGAAGCUAUAAAAUCCCUUCAGGACAGUGAAAACAAAUUAGUUACUGAAUUCAAUAGUCAUGUCAGUCUCUCUAAAGAAUGGUCCUCACAGUAUUCAAAAAUUAUAAGUAAUAUAAUAGAAAAUCAGAGUCAUUUGCAAACCCUUAUUAAUGAAAUAAGUGAAAGCAUUAUUACGAGUGAUAACGACUUAAUUAAGUAUGCACAUUUAGCUCAGAUACUUUUAAUUAUAACUGAUAAUGUAGAUUCCGUUACCCAUGAGCUAUAUAAACUUCAAAACGUACUAGGUUUUAUUAAACUGUCCACCGUGCAUCAUGCGGUCUUGAAUUUAGAAACUAUGAAUUCAAUGAUAAGUAAUGUUAGUAACCUAUAUGGCAGUCAGAAGGUGUUAGAUUUAGAUAUUAGGGAUUACUUUGAUAUAAUUAAGAUAGGUUCUUAUUACGUAGGAAAUAAAAUAGUUAUAGUUUAUAAAAUCCCCAUAGUUUUGCCUUAUACUUAUGACAUGUAUAAACUAUCUAUUAUACCUAACCUUAAUCAAGAAAUCCUUAUUCCACCGUUCCCUUACCUAACCUUGUAUGAGAAAGAUUACAUGUAUAUAGAGGCAGAAUGCCCUAAGUCCAGUAAGUGGUAGCUUUGCGAGGAUAAUCGCCAUCUUCAAAGCCAGGAAUCCAAUGAUUGUAUCCAGCAUCUCAUCUUAACUCAGCAACGUGGUUCGUCGUGCAACCCUAUCACCGUAUCAUUGAAGAAAGCAGCUUUUGAGAAACUCGACGAUCUACACUACAGCAUCAGUUUCCCAGCUCCGACUAAAACUCAUUUAUCCUGUGGACAAGAUUCGUAUCGCACACUACACGGCAGCUAUCUCGUUACAAUUCCUCAAGCAUGUUAUAUUGAAACACCGCAGUUUACAUUAACGAACGCCAAUAACCGGCUAAAAGGACAAGCGGUGAGAAUAAUGGACCUGCCCAGCUACAACGUCACUCCAGCCUCAGCAUCUAAAAUUAAACUGAACUCUAUCGAUCUGAAGCGUCUUCAUGAAAUAAACACCAAGGUCGGCUUACAACCUUUGCUGACCCUAGACCAGAACCCAAAUUAUACACUGUAUCACACCACUAUCCCUCUCUACGUGGUACUGAUGAGUGUAGGCACACUAGCCGCCGCUCUAUUAUAUCGCAAGUAUUUCUACCAGCGGACAUUACAUUCCGGAGACAACCCUGAAGACAACCAGAUGGAAUUGCAAGCAGUUUACACCAUCCCAACACCAACCAGAAGGGUCGAUCUCAAUCAACCCCCAGCUCAAUUCACAACUAACGUUGCUCAUACUCGCUGAUCUUCAGGAGGGAGGUGUUACGUGACGGUGUCAUAGUGAUAGUUAAAUUAGAUAUUAAAAGAGUUACGGUGUAAUCGCAGGCCGCUCUAAGCUUCUAAGUAAACUUGUUCAUUCUACACGGGUCUGACUCAGCAGUUCCGUGUGAACAGACUUUUUAGUUUUAUAUUUCUUUUUCGAAUAUUUUAGAAUAUUGUGUCACUAUUUGUUCACCCUUCGUACAAUAUAGUCGAACCAAUUAAUUGUAAUUUAGAUUUAAAAUUAAAUUAAGUCAUUUAAA